UACUGCAAAUUAAGGCAGGGCUGAAUAACUGGUAUAGAGAUUUUUGGCAUUGGUUCAGUAGCAGUGUUCGACACUUCACUGAAAGUUGGAAGAAACGGCUUGGAAAACCUUAAGCUCCUGCGGUCCAUGAUGUCUUGGUCUAGAAUUUUUGCACUUCUUCUGGCUCUUUCAUUUAUAUUCACUUUUACUGUUCUGAAAUCUACAGACAUUCUUGGUUUUACAUUUGACAAGAUGAAAAUAAAAGGAAGCACACCACAUGAAAACAUCCAAGACACCCAAAAUAAAUUUUGGAUUAAUCUUAAAAAUCCUGGAAACAUCUCCAACUACAAAUCUGUAAAUUACAGAUUACCUUUAUGUAAUGAAAUACCACCUAGUUUACAUACCUUGACUAUUAACACAUCAAUUAAAGUGACUUUUGAGAAGAUUAUUGCAGAAAAUACCAAUGUACAAUAUGGAGGCCAUGGAAAACCUGAGAGCUGCCAGGCACACCAGAAAAUUGCAAUUGUAAUCCCUUACCGUAAUCGUGAACCUCACCUCAAAAUGUGGUUAUAUAAUAUGCACCCGUUUCUACAGAAGCAACAAGCUGACUACGGGAUUUAUGUGGUGGAACAGUCACAAAAUACAACAUUUAAUAGAGCUAAACUGAUGAACAUUGGCUACACAGAGGCAUUGAAGGACUAUGACUACAACUGCUUCAUCUUUAGUGAUGUGGAUAUUAUUCCAAUGGACCUGAGGAAUCUCUAUAGGUGCUCCAAGAACCCUAGGCAUUUGGCCAACGCAGUGGACAAGUUUGAUUUUAGAUUGCCCUAUGAAACUAUUUUUGGUGGAGUAGUAGCUUUCACCAAAGAACAAUUCCUCAGAGUGAAUGGAUUUUCCAAUGACUUUUGGGGAUGGGGAGGAGAAGAUGAUGAACUCUACAACAGGGUAGUGGCUGUUGGGAUGAAGGUUGAACGCCCUAAGCAACACAUUGCAAGAUCUAAAAUGAUCUUUCACAAAAGAGAUGCUGGUAAUGAAAAAACAGGAAAGAGCUUUCACCUAAUAUCCAAAGCAAAGCAAAGGAUGUACCAGGAUGGACUGAGUUCCUUAACAUAUAAUGUUACUGAACAUAUAAAACACAGACUUUUUACCAAGAUAACGGUGGAUAUUGGAACAUUGUAAAAUUAUAUACAAUUCUCUGGAAUUCUCAGAAAAUGUGGUUAAGUUUCAAAGUAGGUACACU